GAGGAGCUAGGAUGAUGGAUGGUUUUCAAGUCAUUGGGUAAAAAUGCGGACUCGCCUUAUUGUCCAUGGAGGUAAAUAGGACUUUUCCUCCAGAAAAAAAAUUGGAGCAAAACGGGCCGGCCCGUGAGACGGUAGCCCAAGCACAAGCCUGAGUAGAAAACGUAAAAUGAGCCCUGCCCAAGCGGCGUCCGGCGCCGAGGGGGCGACCGGGUAGGCGGCGGUAACCAUGGCUGGCGAGGACCGAGAAGGCGCCGCCCGGCGCCCUCCAACUGACGAGGAGCCCAGCGGCGGCGCCCAUGCCGUCCACUUCUUCAAGCGCGCCCGCGGAAAGGCGGGGAUUCGAUGGGUAAACUAGCUACAGAUAAAAAUUCCUCUUUUUUUUUUCCUGAUUCGUUCAAUUUAGUUGAGUUGUUUUCUAUUUUUUGUUAUAUAAUCUGAAUGCUGGUGAUGUAGUUCUUCAUGUAAAUUAAUGGCAUAGUGGUAGUCAUGUCCUGUCAAAAGAUAUUGACACAGUAAAACCUUUGGAUUUUGGGGCGUUAACAUGCAACAUUUGCUUGGAAACGAGCCAACGAAUGUUUUGUUCUAGUUUCAGAGUUCAGAUAGAACAUUAGUAUCUCUUAAGAAACUGAGCAAGGAAUGUUGCUUGCAAAUGACUGGUGCCUGUACUUUGUGACAAUUAAUAUGGGCUAGUGGGCUACGGGCUACAGCCAUACAGGAACAGGAAGUCUUCCCAGGGAAGAAGAGGUCAAGGUUGCGCAGUCCUGAUGACCUGAUCCAUGGAAUGCUGCUUGCCUAGACUCUAGGUCACGAGACUUGCCCUUGAGCUCAGUAUGACCAAUUACUAAAUCCACUUUAUAAGGACGAUACCACUUGUCCUUUUUUAUUGGAAAAAAAAUUGUAGUCAUUUGAGUAUAUAUAGUAUAGUUAUAGAUAGAAUUAAUUUGAUUUUGUUGCAGAAGUUCAUUGUGCAAAACUAAGUCCCAAAUUCUAAAACUUUUACAAUUACUAUAUGAUGAACUAAAGGUUAAAUAGCAUAGCUUCCUUUGCACAUACACAAUUCAAGUCCUAAUCAUACUGGCAAUGAUGUGCAGCUCUCCUGCAUAUUCAAGAAAAAAGUUCUAAUCAUACUGCAGGCUUGUGAAGGCGAGAAAUUAGUGAAGGACUUCCUAAUUCCUUAUGAAACUGAAAUUAGUCCAUUGUUUUUCCGCUGGUAAUCACAGCACAAUUGGGGCUAAUAUUUCUACAUCUACAAGGCAUAUAUGCCCGGGCAUGGCACAGCAAUAUUUAUUAGAUAUGUCCUGUUUGUGCCGUGAAGACUCGUAUUUUUCAUUGACAGUCAACUAGCUACAGGGAAGUAGUACGAUUGCAUUCUGAAGGUACAUGAACAUCCUGCCAUAAGAUAGAAUGCACAGUGCAUAUCAAUACAUGAUAUUAUGAGACUGGUCUCCGUGAAUUUAAAAGCUAUGGUUAUUAGAUCUGACCUGUUAUGUGGCGUGUAGACUAGGUCUUUGUGAUGUUUAACUAGCUACAAGCCUAUAACCCACUAGGUUGCAUAUUUGAAUAGUUUAUAAACGUUCGCAGUUCUCAAACACAGCCAAUGCACUGCAAAUUUCCUGCACUGCCGGUGGUACAUGGCAAGUCCUCUAGCUUCAAAGAUCUCACCAGCGUUUGCACACAUUAUGUUGCUACUAUUUCUGCUUCUUAUUCUUGCUCUUAUGGUUAUGACUGAGGCCGUGCCCCAUCAUCAUGCUUCCGUAAGAUCUCAAGCAGCAGCAUUGCUUCAGUGGAAAUCUAACAUGCAGGGCAACACUGCUACGCCUGUACUCAGUUCUUGGAGGCCUGAUAUUCACCCAUGCAAUUGGACUGGCAUCGCAUGUGAUUAUGUCAAGAGACAGCAUGCACUUAGAGUAUUAUCCAUCACCAGUAUCACCCUUGAAGGCACUGGACUUGUUGGACGGCUGGACACACUUGACCUUCUCUCCUUACCUGAUAUAACCAGCCUUGACCUUAGCAACAAUAGUGGUCUCUCAGGUGAAAUCCCGCCAUCCAUCGGUUCCCUUAAAAUGUUGUCCAACCUCAACCUCUCUGGUGGUCGUCUUGAGGGAAUCAUACCAUCUACAGUCGGUAACCUCACCAUGAUUCGAGGUAUGUGUUUAAACAACAACUGGCUGUCUGGUCCAAUCCCUGAAGAGUUUGGAAAGCUCUCCUUUUUGCUGCACUUGGAUAUUUCUUGCAAUAUCUUGCCAGGUGCUAUUCCAGCUAGCAUUGAAAAUCUUACUAGUCUAUCCUACUUGUCUCUCUCAAGUAAUAAUCUUACUGGUCCCAUUCCUAAAGAGAUUGGAAGUCUCGAACACCUUGUUUACCUUGAUGCUGCACACAAUAUCCUGACGGGUUUUAUCCCUUCCACUAUUGUAAACUUGGCUGGCUUGCAAAAUCUGAUACUAAAGGUGAAUCACAUAGGUGGCACCGCCCUUGACAAAGUUGAGCAUCUUUUUAAUCUUCAAGUUUUGAACAUCCACCAUAAUGCAUUCAUUGGCUCGAUUCCUUCCAGUCUCAUGAAUCUCUUUGGUCUUCAGAAAGUUAAUAUUGGAUAUAAUAAUUUUACCGGUGUUAUUCCUCUGAGUGUAGGAGAUCUCUCUCUCCUCCGUUUUCUUAGUUUUGCUAAUAAUCGUCUGUCUGGAACCCUCCCCGUGGAACUUGGGAACCUAACAAACUUGGAGUACAUUUGGAUCUACUUAACUCGCAUAUCAGGCUCCAUCCCUGUGAGUUUCGGGAACCUGGGAAAUAUGAUUGAUAUGCGGCUAUUUGCAAAUUAUCUCUCAGGGCCUCUAUCUCAAGUGCAUGCAAACCUUACUAAUUUGGUUAUUGUUGAUUUGUCGAAGAAUAGAUUCACUGGGAAGUUGCCGGACCUAUGCCAGGAAAAGUUUUGCAACACCUCAACUUUGGGUCAAACAUGUUUCAUGGUUUUGUUCCAGACAGCUACAGACACUGCACAAGCUUAGAAUUUCUGAGCUUCUCAAGCAACCAACUAGAGGGAAAUUUGUCUCAGCAUUUUGGAAUAUACCCACAUCUUACUGUCCUCGAUUUAAGCCUGAACAACUUCUAUGGAUUCUUCUCACCACAUUGGGGUUUAUGUCGUAAUUUGACAACUAUGUGGAUGUUUGGAAAUAUGAUUAGUGGAACCAUACCUGUGGAAUUCUCCAAACUAAUAAAUCUUGGAGAGCUAUUACUCUACUCAAACAGUUUAAGUGGUGAGAUUCCACCAGAGAUUGGUAAUAUGGGAAACGUCUAUUGGCUAGAUUUGAGUAAAAAUCAACUGCUCGGGACAAUACCUUCACAAAUUGGCCAUCUCAACAACCUUAUGAGGCUUGAUUUAUCUCACAACUUAUUGAGCGGAACAAUUCCAAAGGAACUUGGAGACUGUCAAAAGUUGAUGUUAGUUAAGUUAAAUGACAACAACUUUAAUGGGAUUCUUCCGACAGUCAUUGGAAGUAUGAUAAACUUGCAGAUUAUGCUAGAUCUGAGCAAGAACAAUCUCAAUGGUGGAAUACCCCUAGAAUUAGGGGAACUGAUCAUGUUGGAAAUCUAGAAUCUCUCUCACAAUCAAUUGAGUGGAGGCAUUCCAUCCUCUGUAACAAGUAUGCGAAACUUGUCAAUCUUUGAUGUAUCAUUCAACAGUUUGGAAGGUCCUGUUCGGCUGUUCCCAAAGGGAUGCACAAUGCUUCAAUAAAUUGGUCUGUCCAUAACAAGGGUCUGUGUGGCCAAUAUGUUGGUCUGCCACCAUUUUAUUCGCCAACUGUGCACAAAGAUGGGAAGAAACGCAGAAAGUUGUUACUAGCAUUUGGGUUUCUUCUACUUGUUAGUGUACUUUCAGUAAUCACAGUUUUCUUUAUUCGACAUAAGAGAAAACCUAAAGACACAACUGCCAGGAGUGCCAGAGAUAUAUUUUCAGUCUGGACUUUUGACGGAAGAUUAACAUUCAAAGAUAUCAUUAUUGCCACUGACAGUUUUGAUGAGAAAUAUUGUGUUGGAUCUGGAGGUUAUGGUAGUGUCUACAAAGCACAAUUAGAGGGUGGAAGUGUGUUUGCCGUAAAGAAGAUACACUCGAAUGGAGAAAUGACAGAUGAUGCAACAUUUCACCAUGAAAUUGAAGUACUAAUGAAGAUAAAGCACCGCAACAUCGUCAAACUGUAUGGCUUUUGUUCACAUAGACAAUUCAAUUUUUUAGUUUAUGAUUACAUUGAGAGAGGAAGUCUGACUACUAUCCUAUGUCAUGAUGAGCUAGCAAAUGAGUUUCACUGGAAAAGGAGAGUAUCCCUCCUUAAUGAUGUAGCUCGGGCUUUAUAUUAUUUGCAUCAUGAGUGUAAUCCACCCAUAAUUCAUCGGGACAUUACGAGUGGUAACAUCUUGUUGGAGACUGAGUAUAAGGCCUUUGUAUCAGAUUUUGGUACAGCUAGAAUCAUAAAGCCAGAUUCAUCGAAUUGGAGCGAACUUGCUGGAAGCUUCGGUUACAUCGCACCUGAGCUCCUACAAACCUGUGGCUACAGAAAAAUGUGAUGUGUACAGCUUUGGUGUGGUAACAAUGGAGGUGAUGAUGGGGAAGCACCCAGGUGAUCUUAUAGGCCGCCUAACCUCACUUGAAGAACUGGAUGGUUUGCUUGAGGACAUCAUUGACAAACACCCUGCGACACCGACAAGCAACAAAGAACAAGAUAUUAUUCAGCUAAUUAUUAUUUCCAAACGUUGUGUGCAAGCUUCACCAGAAGACGCACCAACAAUGCAGCAGGUGUAUCGAACUCUUACUGGCGCCUAUUAGCACCCCUUUGCUUGUGUUGAUACUCCGCAGUUUACCGUUCUGAACCAUUGUUUGUCAGGCUUUCAGUUUCAGCAGUAGAGAACCGAAACGUUUACUGAAUGAAACAUCUUGCGACAAGGAUGUGAAAAUUACUGAAAAUCAGCAAAGCGAGUUGUAUUCUGAUAUAUGCUAGCAGUCAUUUUGGAGUUUUGGAUGCCUUUUCCUGUACCAUCAGAACUUUCAGCGUAUGUACACACAGGUUACAAGUAAUGAAGUGAUAAUUUA